ACCAUGCAGGCAGCUCGACCAGCACCAACAGCAGACAUGUAGGGGGGAAAAAAUGAAGCAAAAAAGGAAGUGAUUAAAAACAUGGACUGAAGAAUAAUGUGCCUCGGCUGCCAUCUUAACCAUCACCAUCAUGUUCCCGGGAGUUUUCUAUGCAUUGCUGGCGGGAUUCCUCGGAGCCGUGGCGUCGUCGUCGGCCAAACUGUCCCUGGGAGCCGACUAUCUGAAGGGAGUGUGUGAAACCGGACUCCGGACGUGGGGCGAGCAGCGGAAAUUCAGACACGCGGAUGAAACCACGGCGUGCGACCGGCUCCACAUCCCUCUGAGGCUGCUGUGUGGUGGUCUUCUCUUCACCUGCAACGCUGUGAUGUGGACCUUCCUCGCCAAAGCUCUCAGGUACUCCUCUUCCUCCACCCGAACCACUGUGACCACCACUGCCUCCAACUUCGUAUCUUCCGCUUUCCUGGGCCAGCUGAUCUUUGGGGAACCCCAGAUAACACUGUGGUGGGUCGGGAUCUCGUUGACCUUUUCGGGUCUGUUGGUUCUGCAGAGGAUUUCGCCACAGGAUCGGCAUCAGGCUGCAGCCGCGACGAAGGACGAAUAGCAUGUUGUCUCCGCUGGCUGGCUGUGCUGUGCUCAGGCUGACACCUCCUCUGCUUUUAAGCAAAGCCAAAGACAAAUAACGGCUGAAAACAGCAGUUUUAUUCAGCGAAUUUGCUCUUUUGAACAGCAGCCCAGGUGCAUAAUUGAAAAAGCUGCAAUCCUCCAGCGGGAGAACAAGAGGUCUUCCAGUCAUGUCAUAUACACUGUGUGCACAAUUAUUAGACAAGUGAGCAUUUUGAACAAAUCAUCAGUUUUAGUUCUAAGGCACAAUUUAUUUAAGUGUGAUGUGAAUCUGUCUAAAGAGAUCAAGGUUUACAUAAUUAUUGGGCAGCUUCUUUUCUUUAGACAAAAAAGUGAAUUAACUGAUUCUCAAAAGUCAAAAAUGACCAAAAGUCUCUCUGAGGGACUGCAAAGAUAUUUGGAUGUGUUCACUGAACCAUCAAAUGUUGCAAAUAAUCAGCAGAGGGAAAUGAGUUUGAUUCUCAUGAGGAAAUGAAUGUUCCUCAUGUGUUAUAAAUUCUGGUAGCUGCUCAAUAAGAAAAUCAAAACCUUACCUUUACUUUCAUUAAUGUUUAAUUGACAUUUUGGAUUAACAGAGAGCACUGGAGUUUGUGGUUAAUAAAAACAAUCCUCAAAAAUGGCAUUUGCCAAAUAAUUAUGCACCCAGUGUAAAAUAAAAUAGUCCACUUUAUCCCUGCAAAGAUUUUAGGAGAUGUUUGCCGUCGGAGGAGCUGCUUAUGCAGCACAGCUACAGUCUGGCUAGUGGAGAUAAAGAAACGGACGCCUGGUUUCAGCUUCUUUCCAGCUCUUAAAUCAUUCUGUGCACGGAUUCACAGAAAGAGGGAAAUUAUUCUAGCUUAAUAUCAUUUGUUGCAUAUUGAGACAAUGAUAGCACAAAGGCAAAAAAGCUCAAAUAAAAAAUGUGGCAUGUUUGGAGAUGAGAUUAAAUAGUCUAUUGUUGAGUAGGUGAUCAGAGGUUGAUAUCACUCUCAUGUUUGUGGGGUGAACAUUAACAAACAUGAUGCAGUCAAUUUAUUUUCCAGAAUUUAAAUUUGGGAGGAAAUGAUCUGGAACAGCAUCUGAAAUCCCAAGUCGGAAAGUCAGUCGUUUUGCACAUAACCCAUAACUUCAAAAUCCAAUAUAUUCAAUAAAUCAGUCACACAAAAGUCUACACACUCUCUUGGUUACCAUAAAAAUGUAUUCAAAGAAUAAUUACCCAGGGCAAUGAGUAUUACGAUCUGCAAGCAUCGCCCGUUUCCCAACUUGAAGCUGUAACACUGUUUAGUUUGGCGAGGCAUUAGUUUGUCUGUGAAGUUUGGCGCAAAAACGAAGAAAGCACAUUAUCUAGAAACAGUGGGAUUGUAGAAACACAUCUCUGUUCUUAGUUAUAAUGGAAAUAAAGAAUGAGUUUUUAGUCUUGCAGAAAACAAUGUAAAUAUUUCCAGGCUGGAUUUUUUAGUUCCUGCUCAUCACUGAAAGCUAUUUAAAUUGUUUCAUACAAAUAAAACAAACAUUUGGCUUUUUUACCACCUACUCUAUGAUAUAUAAUUUGGAUACAAAUAUGUGAGGGAUAUCAAUGUUUCAUUAGAACAGAAUAAGUGCAUUUAUUUUAUUUGGACCUGUAUUUUUAAAGUGUGUAUAUUAAAACUGAAAAGUAGCUCCUGUGAAGUCAAACUUUAGUUUAUGGACAUAUGAAGUUCAGUAUUUUGGCCAUCAGUAGUAUAAUAUCUACAAUUAUUUUUAUUUAUUUAGAAAAACUGUUUUCUCAUUUAUUUAUUUUUCCAGCCUUCUAAUAAAGUCUGCCUGCAGGGGGCGACUUUCUUCACCUCAGUCACCAUAAAGCUGUGCGAUUAUAACAUUUUGACAGCAAACAAUCGUAAAACAACACAAUGUAAGACUUGAGAAAUGCAAAAUUUAACAAUUUCUUCUCACGGCAGAAAUGCAUCCAACAACGAUCACGGCCCAAAAGUGUCCAGAAUAAAAUAAAGUAAAAAUUGACUAUACAUCUUGCAAGUUUCUCACAGGUUGUGAGAUUUAAGCUCACGGCCACACAUUUUCUUACCGUCCAUAAAGGCAAAUGACUUUGUUAGCAAAGGUUGAGUCACGCAGUGUAAACUUGACUUUUGGAGAUGUCCCGAUCAUCAUGUUUUCAUUCCAGAUACAAAGUCAAGUCAUUUACAGCUGACUUUUGGCAAAAUUAAGACCAUAAAGUUUUCUCAAUUGUAGCUGCUUUAAAACAGCUUUAAUAUCUUAUUACAGUACAGGGACUGAGUAGAUAAGAAAGUUCCUAUAGUGUUAUAAAGCAUCUCCUGAAACCUACAAAACAGUGCUGUCUUCAUCGGUUUAUGCAAGUGCUAGGCUAACAUUAGUUUUUUCUAUAUUUUAAUUGCAUUUGUUGACAACUUGGCUUCUAACAUAUUACAUUCUUGCUCUGGUUAAUACCAGUCAAGCACAAAAUUGACCCAAGUUUUUUUCCUGCUCCAUAAACUUUUUGUUUUAAACAUCAGAAAUAUGAUUGAUCAGCAUUUCAGCUGCUUUCUAUGCAGCUCUUACUAAGUCCAGCGCACAAAGCAGGCGACAUGAAACCAACCAAUGCAAUGGGUGUGGCUGAUAAGGAUUCAAAAGAGUCAGGAGUUCAUUUUAUUCAAUGACUGACAUCAAUCACUUAAAAAUGUCUUGAGAUGCUUCAUUUGUCAAACCUGAAGACUAUUUCUGUCUUUUUUACACAUUAUGUGCAGGAAUGAGGCAAUGCAAAAAAUAUACAUACAUAUUAUACAAAGCUAUUGACCUGAUCUGAUAUAAUUGUGUGGAUUUUUGCACCACAUACUUGAAUGAUAAUCCUAUCACUACUGAGCAACUCCUUAAUGUCUGACUUAAUGCUUAUGUUUCCUUUAGUUACUUUGACACUCCCUGUAAACAUCUAAAAGGCUUAUUGCUGUUUAAAGAAGGCAGCCAGCUAACAAAGUGCCCUCUUGCUCUUAAAAACUAACAGCUGUUCUAAUGUAGCACUGCAGGGCUCAUCCUGCUUCCUCUUAUGUUUUAUUCUGUUUCGUUUUUUCAUUACUUGAAUUUAUGUUUCUGCAUAUAAGACUGUGAAACAUACUGUGUUUUGAUCCUAAGGCAGCUGCUGCACUUCAGUCACAUCACAUGUCAUGUGUGCAUGUUUUUACAAACUCAGUGUUUUUAUCACUGAGUGCUGCUUUACUUCCCUUUUUCCUUUGCAAUAAUAAUUUUGCUCUGAUUAAAAAAUAUAAAGUUCAAUAAAUAAAUUAAUUUAAUUCUUGAACUGCAGUUUGGGGCCCUAAAUAAAUCAGCCCAACAACCACAAAUUCCCCUCGGGCCGUACUUUGGGCACCCCUGCUGUAGACCAUCUGAACAAUUUUUCCACCAAGAUGUACUAAAUAAAGUGGCUUCAAAAAUUGGAACACAAAACCUAAAAGUAUUUUUAAGUUACUGCUAUGUUGAUGCAGUAUCUGUGGUACGGGCAAUAAAGAAAGUGAAGGACGUUUCUACCAAGUUUGCUCUCUGCACCAAAAGGCUCAACCUGCAUUUUCCAACAUGAUGAUGCCUCAGUAAUGCAUGAGACUGAUGGUCGGUAUAAACCUCCUUGCUAAAGCCUCAGCCGCUCAACAAUCUUUGCUUUCCAUCAUAAACAUUAUACCUGGUUUGUCUCCUUUUAAUGGCAUGAUAUUAUUGGAGGUAAACGAUGCAACGUAAUCUGUCCCAGCAUGGCCCACUUGCUGUAAACACUGACGUUUGAAUUGAGUAAAAAAAAACGACAAACUUCUACUGGAUUAAAUGUGAUGCUGUGCAAUAAAGUAACUUUUUAUAUAUAUAAAUUGCAGUUUAAAGCAAAACCAUUAGGGCUAAGAAUUAAUUACUGAGCCGAUAAAUAUCUUGUGUGUCAAAGCUGAUGUUGCAUUAGUUUGUUGUACAUCUUUCACAUUUCCAACCUGAAAGAAAAUGGUGAGACAUUAAUGACGAAGGUGACGCAUAAAAUAUCUUGAGUUGAUGUGAAACGGACAUUAGUCACAGUGAGAAAAUGUAAACAGGAAACAUCGUUUAACUCAAUAAAAACAUCUCGACAGCAUCA